UUUGAUAACAUAACCUCACAUAACCUAUAAAUGAAACUUCAAUUUGGAAACAUUUGUUGUGUUUCAGACAGUCGGGCAGUUUAAACGGUCCUUUUUACAUACAGCCAAAUACUUCCGCACCGUUUAAAACUUGUCGUGAUUGUAUUUUUAUAGUUGCUUAAAUGGAGGUUAUAAUACCCUCUUUUAUAAACGCACAUCUCUUCUGGAUAAUCGAGAAAGGGGACAUCCUCUUGAGGUCGGCAAUGCACAGAACUAUGUCCACCAGACACUGUAAAAUUGUAAAAGACCCAAGUGAAUUAUACGAAAACCAGAUGGUGGCUGUACACAUUGACGAUGUGUGGAUCCGGGCACUAGUCGAAGACGUAGUUACUACACAAACCGAUAGGAAAUUUCUUUGUUGGCUUCCGGAUUAUGGCGUUAUGAGAAGCGUCUGCUCCGUUUUUCAAAUUCCAGAAGCUCUGAAAGAGUGCCCACCCCUAGCCAAACAAGCUAGUUUAAUAAAUGUGGUCAAUUUAGCAACAGAUUUGUUACUUGGUGAUAACGGCUACGAACUAAAACUAAAAAAAACUGUUGCUGAUAUCGAAGGGGUGCGACAGGUUGCUUUAGAUUACAUAGGAGGUGCCGAAAAAAUAUUAUUUGACGUUCAAAGCGAAGACAGAUUUAAUUUAUACGGGGACAUCAUUUGCGUGUACCCUGAAAAUUGCAAAAAGUCGCUGACUGAAGCGCUAAAAGACGACAAAUUGUUGGCUGAAGAUGAAAAAAUGUUUGAAACAAUUGACGCUCAAAGAAGACAACUGAAGGAUAUUUAUUUUCAACACAGCCCCAAUUGGCAGCAAAGUUUAGGCACAGUGGAAAAGAAAAAACUGGCCAAAAUUAUUUUUAACCAGAAUAAAACAACAGCGAUGGACUUUUUUAAAAACUCGUGUAAUUUCCGUUGUGAUUAUUAGUGUUGGUACGACUGCAAAAGUUACUAGAAUUCGUUCAACUGUCAGUUUGAAUUUUCAUCGGUUUAUUAAUGUUUUUGUCUUUUGUAAGUUUUGUAUUUUGUGAAUGUGAUAUACGCAAAGGUGUAGUUGAUCAUGCAGCAACCUCCUACAAAUCCUAACCUCUUCACGCCGCAAACUUUCAGUUAUAAAGACAUUUUAGUACGAAAACUAGUGCGUGCAGUCGCUUGUAGCGUUUUCUCACAAAUAGCCAUUCUUUUAAUUUACGUACUAGUCGCCAACGUUAAUUUCUUGCACCCCCUAGAAUGGCUAACCUCAAUCCUCAACACUUUCACGUACGUAAGCACAUGGCUCUUUGUUAUAAUUUUCUCGUUCAUAAUUUUCGCCCAAUGUUUAAUUUGCGCCAAAGAUUACGUUUUUAUGACGUCGUACAGCUCGACGAGAUUUCAACAACUGCUGCACAUAUUUUCGUUGCAUAAUUUCAUACUGUUGUGUCUCCAUGUCAUAAUAGGGGGGGCUUUCACUUGGCAGAUUCUCGUGGUCAUUGACAGCAGCAGCAAAAGCUUGACUGUGAAAUGCAAAAUUGAUAAAAGUUGUCUAGUUGAAGACACUUUUUUUCUGAUUGUUGGAAGCUUCUGGACUGGGCUUUAUUUCUUCCUGAAGGUGUACAUAUCGACAAAGCAGCUGGUUUUUCCAGUUGUACAACAAAGAAAGUUUUUGCGGGUGCGUUCCAACGUGUCUGGGUUGUUUACAGAGAGUAUGGUAAUGUCAGCAUGGCCUACGUUGUAUUUUGCUAUGUUUUACUAUAUAUGGGGUCAGAGCAUGGAGAAUUAUUUCAUGGUUGUUUUUAACUUGGAUAGAGCACCCCACGAAAGUAGCAUUCUUGCCUAUGUGUACUUGUGGUGGUUUUCCACCUUAUAUUUCUUUAGUAUGAACCUGAUGAGGUUCUUCUUCUCCAUGUUCCUAACAGAAGCCAUACAAUUUCCAAUAGUUAAAGACAACAUAAACACGUUGACGUUACAAGAGGCUUUAGUCAUGAAUAAUCUGCCCAUUGUACAAAAUCUGGCUUGUCUAGACUUGUACUUGUUGUCUCAGUGGUCUUUAAUGCGUCGUCAGUUAUUUUUCACGUUGUCACAACCCGGAGGUCACCCCCAUAACUGGAACACGUUAAUAGAAAGUGUCGUGAAACUCUUCACCGAAUAUACAGAUGUCUUAAGAAAGUCGGUAGAAACGACACUACCGUCAGACAAAAUUAAAAAACAACCAGAAACUAUUACACCGUUUUCACCCAUCACACUCCAGUCGCCGCUUGCUCAAAAUAUUAAAUACCGGAAUUUGCGUAACAUGUCCGCUUACAACGACUACUUGGACGUCGUGAACGUGUCACACGAAGGCUCAGUCAGCGCUGUCGAAACUAUGAAAAAGAAUCUCGACAACACAAUCAACAAAUUAGUAUCGUUUAUGAAAAUUUUCUUCGGGAUUAACUUUCUCUUUGGUGAGCUGCCGCAAGCCAACAUCCAGAAGUGUCUGGGCAACGGACAGCUCAUCGUGUGGGCAAGUCAAGGCAUUUCCGAGUUAACGGUGGCGUCGCUAAGUGAAGACAAGUACGGAAUUGUGCAGAAGGAUAUGCCGAUCAUUAUUACGUCUCUGGUGCAGUUGAAACAACACUUGGAUAAACUAAAUAAAGUGCCGGCGCUGUCCAGGAAAGUCGCCGGACUGCAGGACUUCAACUACAAGAUGAAAAACGCUGUCACCGCCGCCGUGAAACACAGUCUGUUUAAUAUCUGUUUGAAUUUUGGACAAUACUUCAACGACUUGCCGCUGAGUAAGGACGUUGUGCAGUAUUUGUACGUUAACGUUAUGUUGAAAAAUUCCAGUUAAGUUAUUUAUAUUUGUGCCGACUUUAAUAUAUGAUUUUGUAAAAAA